CUCUGUAAACUUUUUUGACUUAAGAUGCACCAUGACCUUCCCUUUUUUUUUUUUUUUUAAGAUGUCUAAUUUCUAGUUUCUUCUGUCUCUUAAUUUUCUGGGAUUAUUAUAGACAAAUAUAUUAGAUACCUCAUCUGAAACAAUAAUAUUUAAUUAGACUUUUGGUAGUUCUCUUGCCUAUUUUGUCUUGUAUGCAAAUUUAGUUAGCAUGAUGCUUAUUUGUUUUCUUAGGUCACUAACAAGCAUAUGAGUUAGAUUCUAUGCUAAUUCACAUGUUCAGCUUGUGUAUUUGUUCUGUUCAUGUCAGUAAGUUUUUAACUGUUGUUCCGUGUUGUUUGCAUCUAGUAUAAAUUAAUGUUAGUAUAACUAUAAUUCUGUAACCUUUUCAGCUGUACGAAUUAAAAUGUUAAUUUUCUGUUUCAGUCAGCAAACUGAUUAUUAACUUGAAAUCAUUCAGCUACAGUAAUCACACCAAAUUUUGGUGAACAGUAGUGGCCAUGUUCUCUGGGUACUACUUAACAAAAUAGUCUGUGUUCUGUAGUCAGAUUUGUAUGCUUGUUUUGUUUAUUUAAAGUAUUUUGCUCUCGAUGCUCAAGAUGCAGAAUCUGAUUACCAGAUUACUGGGGACUGGCAAGCCCAGAAUUUGUUUCACUUUUUUGAAGCAACAGCGUUGUACAAUACAGUUGCACAAUAAAUUGCAAAGAAACAACUCAAAAAAACCAUGGUGUAUUUCUUGUGGAUGAUACGCUAAUACCUCAGCGGUCUGAGUGUUUCUUCUUGUUAAGCAAUGUGGAACACUGCCUCUGGAAGUUAUCGCUGUCCUCCUUUCUCUAAAAUAACACUGCCUUCAGAUAUGGCAGAUGUAAAACAGCUGCUCUUUGAAUUUGCCUGCAUCAUGUACUUCUCAUAAUAUUUCAUUAUAAACAGGAAAUAUUUAACAUAUACCUUGCUAACUAUCUCUAAAAAGUACUUUGUGUAUCUGACACAGGCAAAUCUAACAUAUGAAUUAAUGCAUUGAGAGCAGUGAUGCUGAUGGAUGCUGCCUCUUUGUUUUCUUGUCCCUCUGUUCUGCUGUAUCAUUGGCACCCCUCCACAUCAGUAUCAGCAGGAUCUCCCCUAUCAGGAUUAGUAGCGUGCUGUGUCUCCAGAAGUUUUGAUUUUGUGAGGAGCCCUCAGUUGGAUUUUUUUUCUUGUCAGUGGUUUCCUGCCUUUUUUUUGCGUGUGCCCAGUGUCACUGUGAACUGUUGUCUUCUCUUCCUUUUCUUGCUGUUACCAGUUGUGAUGAUACAAGGAUGAGUCUUUUACACCAUGCCUACUAGUAUUUCCCCCGUAAAUGAACUCUGACAGACAACUUUUCCAUUUUCAGUAUGUGACAUUCUUAAUGAGCAACCUCUUUUAUUACUUUUUAACAGGCCUAAUAUGAAAACGUUUGUUUUCCUUUUGUUCUGUUUUAACCAGUUCGGCAAUACCUGCUACUGCAACUCAGUCUUACAGGCACUUUAUUUUUGUCGUCCAUUUCGGGAAAAAGUUUUGGCAUACAAAGUGCAGCCUCGAAAGAAGGAAAGCCUCCUGACAUGCCUCUCUGAUCUCUUCAACAGUAUUGCUACGCAAAAGAAGAAGGUGGGAGUCAUCCCACCCAAGAAAUUUAUUUCCCGAUUGAGGAAAGAAAAUGAAUUAUUUGAUAAUUACAUGCAGCAGGAUGCACAUGAAUUCCUAAACUACCUACUUAACACUAUUGCUGACUUACUACAAGAAGAGAAAAAGCAGGAGAAGCAGAAUGGCAAACUCCAGAAUGGCAGCAUUGAGAGUGAAGAAGGAGACAAGACUGAUCUGACGUGGGUCCAUGAAAUCUUCCAAGGAACACUAACCAAUGAAACCAGAUGUCUUAACUGUGAGGCUGUUAGUAGCAAAGAUGAGGACUUUCUGGAUCUAUCGGUUGAUGUGGAACAAAAUACAUCAAUUACACACUGUCUAAGAGGGUUUAGUAAUACUGAAACUCUAUGCAGUGAAUAUAAAUACUAUUGUGAGCAGUGCCGCAGUAAACAGGAAGCACAGAAGAGAAUGAGAGUGAAAAAGUUGCCCAUGAUUCUAGCUCUGCACUUAAAAAGGUUCAAAUACAUGGACCAGCUGCAUCGAUACACCAAACUCUCCUACCGUGUAGUCUUUCCCUUGGAGCUCCGGCUCUUUAACACUUCAGGAGAUGCUACAAAUCCUGACAGAAUGUAUGACCUUGUGGCUGUAGUUGUUCACUGCGGCAGUGGUCCAAAUCGUGGACAUUAUAUCACCAUUGUGAAGAGCCAUGGCUUUUGGUUGCUGUUUGAUGAUGACAUUGUAGAGAAAAUUGAUGCCCAGGCCAUUGAAGAAUUCUAUGGGUUAACAUCAGACAUUUCCAAAAACUCAGAAUCUGGAUAUAUCCUCUUCUACCAGUCAAGAGACUAAGACAAAAGAUACAUGUAUACAAAUAAAAGAAAAAAGGGAUCAAGAUAUGUCCAAAUGGAACAUAUUUGUGACAGCAGAAGCAGUUCCUCGUUGUUGCUGUAGGACCAGGACAGAUCCAGCAGGGUGAAUACAGGUUUCUCCCUGCCAUUUUGUGGAGGAUUAGUGCUGACUGCCGUAACAAGAAGAGCUUUUGUUCCAGUUUUCUUUCUGGGCUUUUUUUACGUGCUAUCUUCCAAAAUCUGUGUUACCUCUACUUGAAACCUGGCUGCUUAUUUGUUCAUGAACUGAAGAAGAGAUUUAAAAGUAGCAUUGUAGAAUUUUUACCAUUUAAUGUUGGCCUGAGGCUAUACCUUGGUUUCUACCAUCGUCGUUUUUCUGUAUUUUAGCAGAAUGAUUUCAAUAUUCAGUGUCAGCUGAAGGCAUAUUUUAGGAUAUGAACAGCAGCUGGUUGCUGGAUAUUUUUGGUGACUCAGACUUGAGAAGCAGUACAAAGCUAAGACAUAUUGGAAAUGUCAAGUCUGUAAUUUUUAUAAAAAAAACAGACAAAAAAACUCUCUCUGCAGCAUUGUAAAUUUCCCCAUUAUGCAUUAUCUUGGUUUUAGAUAACACUAACAGCGCUGCUUCUCUUUAUAUUUUUAUUUUUACUGUUCUGUUUCUUCAGAAGGUAUAGAACUUUGUCCAUAUUCAGGCUAGUCUGUUGUGCGUUUUUCUUUUGAAGCAGAAGUUUUGACUCAAAGCCACAUUGCUGCAGGUUUAAGGGGAGCAGAAAAGCAGUUACCUUUGGAGGACUAUGUCUGGCAACCAGUCGCUGUAGAAAGUUUGAAGUUACAGCAUUUCUUGGAGCUAUUGCGUAAACCAAAAGUGCCCUCAUUCUGAAACAGGAUCUGUUCAACAUUUCAUUCAAUACAUAGUAAACUGAUGCAACUAGCAUUUUGAAUCUAUGCUAAUACACAGAAACAGCACUAAUUGUGAAGGGUUAACCGAGGGAAGCAUUAUUUAUGUAACUAAUCCAGUUGUUCUUAGUCUUCAAGAUAAUGAACAAGUAAGAAGGAAAACCAACCAACCAACCCAGACAUUACCUUGCUAAGUGUUCCUCAUCAUCUGUUGGUAAUGUUUGUAUCGAUCUGGGAAUCAUAACACCCCCCUAAAAAUGCUUCUGAUUGUUUUACCUCUAUAGGCCUUGCUUAACAGGGGAAAUUGUUAGUCUUUUGAAGACUGAAAUUAAGUAAUUAUCCGUUACGUGUGUAUAUAUUAUAAUCUCAAGGAUAACUAGAAAGAAAAGGCUAAGGAAGUUUGUAAGAAAUCUCAGAAAAUCUCCUGUAAUUUUCUUUUUGAAAAGUCCUGUUGCCGUGCCAAAGCUUGUCGCAGCUGGCUCUAAACUACCAGUGGAAAUGACUAUUUUCCUUUCUUCAUCUUGUUAGGUGGCACAAGAGCUGUCCUCUGUGUGGUUGCUCCCAGCACAGCCGUUCACGGUAUAUGCCGGUGAUUGUUGUUCUUGGGGACAUUUAACUUAUGCAAUUCUGUGGCUUGUACAGGAUAUAAAAUAUUUUACCAAAAUAUUGUCCUCAGGAAAACAGCAUUUCACAAACAGUUUCUUGUGGUGGCUGUAUGUAUCUGUUUCUUCUUAUCAUGACCAGAAAUGUAAUGUUAGCAAUUAACUCCUGUCUUCAAAAUGCAAAUUAAUCAUUACCAUUGUAUUCCAACUGGGUACAGGUUCCAUUCUCCCGGCACAUCUCCUCUUCCAGAAGAUAAAAUACGGACAUUGGGUUUUUUAAUUAUUUUUUAUUAUACAGAGUACUGUCAUUUUAAGAGACAUAUUCAAUAACAGCAAACGUUUUUGUCAUCUCGUUCCUAUUGUGUGGAAAUUGUUCCUGGCUAAGAGUCUUCUCCCCUUGUUCACACACAAGCUGUGAGUCCUCUCCUGGUGGCGCUACCAGAAGCCUGUCAUCACUAAGUCUUGCAAAAAAAAAUAAAAAGAGAGCACUGAGUUAAAAAUAAUCUAAACAGUAAAUACAAAAAUUAAUGUAGUACACUAGACAUGUAUUUUGUAUAUCUGGCGAUACAUUUUUACAAAUAAAAUACCUGACUGAGAGAUAAUAUUGAAAGAUAUAUACUAUAGAUUAAAAACUGUUAAAAGUGCACUUUUGCUACAGAUUUAUAAGGAGACUAAAAGGAAUUAAAUUGGAAGAGAAUGGUGUGAUGUUACUUCUGUAUAAUAAAUGACCCCACCCGUCUCCAAUAAAGGUCAUGUAUGAU